UCUAGCUCUACCCCUGCCCAGUUCCUUACCAACAGUUCCCCUGGUAUGAGAGACCAGUCUGUUACCAACAUAUUCGAGCCUGGCAUCCUGGGUGGCUCUUACCAGGAGUUGACCAUGUUAUCAGAUAGUAUUGGAGAGUGGCAGCAUAAUGUCAGUCAUGGUGCAAUACAAGGAGGAAACUUCACAGAUUUGUCACUUAACAUGACAUUAAUACCGCCAGCAGAGAGAUUUGACCCUUUGGGAGGACAUACGAUCUUGGAGGUCAUCAUAAUUGUCUUCCUCACUGGAUCACUUUCUCUUAUGACUGUGGUUGGCAACAUCCUAGUAAUGGUGUCAUUCAAGAUCAAUAAGGCACUGAAGACAGUGAACAACUACUACCUCCUGAGCCUGGCAUUUGCUGACCUGACCAUUGGUACACUAUCAAUGAACCUGUAUACCACCUACAUCAUUAUGGACCAGUGGGCUCUGGGGCCAGUGGUUUGUGACUUGUGGCUCGCAAUUGACUACGUGGCCAGUAACGCCUCAGUCAUGAACCUGCUUGUCAUCAGCUUUGACAGGUAUUUCUCUGUGACCAGACCUUUGACCUACCGGGCCAAGCGUACAACUAAGCGGGCAAUGACCAUGAUUUCAUUAGCCUGGUCCGUCUCUUUUAUUCUGUGGGCCCCAGCCAUCCUGUUCUGGCAGUACAUUGUGGGUGAACGGACAGUCCAGCCUAACGAGUGUUACAUCCAGUUCCUGUCAGAGCCGAUCAUUACGUUCUGCACUGCUAUUGCUGCAUUCUACUUGCCGGUGACUAUUAUGGCAUUCCUGUUUUGGAAGAUCUAUCAGACGACAGAAAAGCGACAGAAAGAUAUGCAAGGUCUCAAGGCGUCUGGGCCAAGCAACAAACCAGACCAUCAGAAUCAGGGGAGCGGCAGUGGAAGUGAAAGUGCAACUAACAGCCAGAAGAAGAACUCCUCAGCCAUGCUGCGCCAGAUGAGCUCCCAAAGCUCUAGCAGCUAUGAGUUAAAUCAGCUGGCUUCAGAGAAGAACAACAAGGACAAUGCCAGCGUAACCGGACACAGAGGGAGAUGUGGCGCGCUUUGCUUUCAGUUAAUAUCACUGUUGCCAGGUCGCCAUGCAUCCAAGAGGUCCAUCAACACCAAGGCAAAUACAGAGGGUGGGGCAGAGCAGGACAGCUGUGAUAGUAUCAACAACAAUGAAGUCGGUGUCGCAGGUGACCAGUCAGGUUCAGAGGAGGAAGCUGAUGGUGCACAACAAUCAGAUGGCAAGAAAUCUGGGAAGGUGAAGAUGAACAAGGAUAAACAGUCAUCGUCCUCCAUCAAAAGUCAAAAUAAGUCCCAAUCAAACUCUGUCACCUCGUCGGCUUCUGACCAGUCACCUGCAGCCAUCACCAUGAAAGAUGCAGCCAUGGCCAAACGCUUUGCCUCUAAGGCCAAGACGGAGAUCAAUAAGCGCAAGAAUGAAAAAAAGGCUAACGAGAGAAAAGCAGCACGGACACUCAGUGCGAUUCUGUUUGUCUUCAUUACGACAUGGCUACCAUAUAACAUCAUGGUGUUGGUCAACACUUUCUGUCAGGACUGCAUCCCUGGGACCCUUUGGGCAUUGGGCUACUGGUUGUGUUAUGUGAACAGCACCAUCAACCCCAUGUGUUAUGCCCUCUGUAACAAGACUUUCCGUACAACAUUUAGGGAUAUUUUGAUGUGCAAGUGGGAUCAAAGGAAAAACAAGUCUCAUUUUCAACAAAAGAAUGCUGUUGCUUUCCGGAAGAAAGACCCAAUGUAA